GUGCUCGAUUCAUAUAUGGGAUUACGUAAGGAUAUUUUCUGGAGAACAUUGAGUAGCGAAGAAACUAACAGUCAGACGAGAAAAAUGAGAGUCCUCUACCUCAGCGCAAUUUUCUGCUUUUUGGCUUACCUCGAGUAUGCCAGAGCUACGCCGUAUGCCGAUCCCUUCGCAGAACCCGAUCCGGGGCUAGGAAAGCAAGUAGGAGAGUUCUGCAACAGCACGAUGACGAGCGCCACGUCGCACAAAGACUUCUGCAAGCACGUCAGCAAAAAAGUCGUGGACAAGGUCCAUCGGAUUUGCCAGAAGGCGGUCGACAUCGUCUGUAAAUUCUUCAAAGAGAAGAGUAAGAAACGCAAGAAGUGUCUGAAAUGGUUGGAGGAAAACGUCUGCCUGACGUUCAGCGGCAAAACGACCACUGAAUCUGUGUCCACUGAGACGAAAGCACCACUGGCUGAGCUAAAGGCAUAGCUAUACCGUAGUACUAGAAUAACUAUUAUAUUGUGUAUUUUGUAAUGAUAAUCUUAUAUAUACCUUUGAUACAAAAUAAAAUAAAAUAUUACCUCAAAAACCAAA